AAGGUUUUUCUUUUGUUUCAAGUUGGCAGUAUAAAUAAAAUCAAAACAAAAAGAAUGGCAACAGUUUUGUUAAUGUCGAUGUUUGUAAUUUUUGCUAAUAUUGUUGUUGGAGCGAUAGCUGUGAAACCACCAAAUAUAGUUCUCAUUUUAACAGACGAUCAAGAUGUUGCACUAUUUGGACAGUAUCCCAUGCCAAAGACAAAGCAGCUUAUUGCUGAUGCUGGAAUGACCUUUACAAACAUGUUUGUGUCCAGUCCACUUUGUUGUCCUAGUCGGUCAAGCAUUUUGACUGGUCAGUUUGUCCACAAUCACAUGGUGACCAAUAAUAGUCAGAGUGGCAACUGCAGCAGUACAUCCUGGCAGAGCUCAGCAGAGAAAAAAACAUUCCCAGUGUACCUCCAGGCCAAUGGCUAUAAAACUUUUUUUGCUGGGAAAUAUCUCAAUGAGUAUGGUUCACCUCAAGCUGGAGGAGUAGCUCAUGUGCCCCCUGGCUGGGAUGACUGGAAUGGAUUGGUGGGCAACUCAGUCUACUACAACUACACCCUGUCUGUACAAGGUCAAGCCGAGAGUCAUGGAGACAACUAUCAGCAGGACUAUCUCACUGACGUCAUUCACAGAAAAGCUGUCAACUUUUUAAACUCUGUCAGCAGCAGGAAGCCAUUUUUCAUGAUGUUGUCUACACCAGCGUGCCACCAACCCUUUACUUCUGCUCCUCAAUACUUGCAGAAUUUCACUGAUAGAAGAGCUCCACGUACCAAACAUUUCAAUAUCCACGGGAAGGAUAAACACUGGCUUGUAGAAAAGACUAUAACCCCCAUGCCCAAUGACACAAUUGAACUGAUUGAUGAUUUCUUCAGAAAUAGGUGGAGAACUCUUCUGUCUGUGGAUGACAUGGUGGAGGGAGUCGUGAAUAAACUAAAGGCUAUAGGAGAACUCAAUAACACAUACAUUUUCUUCACGUCUGACAAUGGAUAUCAUUUAGGUCAGUUCUCACUGCCCUAUGACAAGAGACAGUUUUACGACUUUGACAUUCAAGUGCCUCUGAUGGUGAGAGGUCCAGGUGUGAAGACCAACUCCACUUGCCAGGAACUAGUUAUGUCUGUAGAUCUAGCACCAACAUUUCUCAACAUUGGAAAGAUAGGACAGUCCACACUUGACAACUUUGAUGGCAUGACGUUUCUUAACUUACUGACAACCAGUCAUUUUCCUUAUUCGGACGUAAAAGAAAUCAAGUCAACGUCAAACAAUAGUAGUCCUGAUGUUACAGAUUCUUACUUCAUAGAUGAUCAGGGAUUUGUCAAAGAGUGCUCAUCUUGGGACGCAGCCAGAGCUUUGUGUGUCUCCUGGCAUGCGGCAAAGAGAACAGUUAGACAUACUAUUGGUUUCAGAGAAAGUGUUCUUAUAGAGUAUUUUGGAGAACAUGUAAAUGAUAUCCCAGGAUGCCCAAGUUAUGAGAACCAAGGGCUAUCACAAUGUGACACCCACUGUGUAUGUCGAGACAGCUGGAACAACACGUAUGGCUGCAUUCGUUACGAGACACAGCAAAACAGCUACAAGUAUUGUGCCUUACAAGAUACAGAUAAUUUUGUGGAGGUCUAUGACCUACGGGCAGAUCCCUAUGAAUUAAUCAACAUUGCCAAGACUGCCUCCCCUGACCUACUGACCAAGUUAAGUCAAGAUCUUGCUGACCUUUCUAUGUGUGCUGGUGAGACCUGUCACAAGAAGAGUUCCAGUUCUUUCAACAUCAACUAAUUCUCUCCAUUAACAUUGGUAAUAUCUCAUUCCACAGACUGGGACAUAGGUCCAACUGCUAUGUUCAAUAUCUUGUGUAUAUAAACCUGUUUGCAUUUAAUUUUUGACACAGUUGUUAUGUAAUAUUUAUUGAUGUUACACUAUGACAUCUGCGCCCCUCCCCCCAUCUCACCAUUAUUUUUAUCGCACCAAAAUCAAAAGUUGAGUUAGUAAAAUUUAAAGAAACAAAACUGUAUCCUUUUUUUUUUAUGUGUAAGCAUUUGCGUGAUGUAAUUAUAAUUUCUCAUCUAGGUUGCUAUGAUAAUUGGUAAUAUUAUGGCAAAUGUAGGUUUUAUAUUAAAAAUUAAUAAAACAAUGUCAUACUGCAAUAAUGUUAAUGUUAUUACUGUAUGGUAGCACACUUGGGCUUCUACUGACUUUACUUUACUAGAAUAACAUUGGAACAUAACAAUUGCCUAUAUUGAUAGCCUUUAGGGAGUCUUUGAUAAGGAAAAAAAAAUAUGAUGGAAAUCUAGACUUGCCAGUGAUAACGAUUGACAGCUACCCUGGUACAUCUAAUCUUACUCCCAACAUGAACUAAAUAAAUGGACAGUUUUCUUUUUUUCCUUUUUAAAGAUUCUGCAGCUAUCAGACAAUUAAAUACAUGUUAAGCUUUUUGAGUAGAACAUUUGUCAUUUGAUCCUGUAGUCCAGUGCUUUUUACUUGGUAAACAAGAGAAAUGCAUCUUAAGAAAGUUGGCCUUAUUGACAGUCUGUUUGUGAUAAUGCUGGGUACCUGAGAUACUUAGAACUAUUUUCUUUUAAAUUUUUUGUUUUGUUAAUGUGAUUUCUCAUAUUUUAUAUAUGGCAAGCAAGCCUGUAAUUAUUAAAACUUAGAUUUAACUAGGCAAUGGUCACAUUAAUCAAGGCUAUAAUAUUUGCUUUGAUAAAAAAUGAAAACAUACUCAAAAGUGAUAACUAAGAAUCAUAUCUAAAAUAUUUACUUACAAUAUUCUACAGUGAAAUUUAAAUUCACUUCAGAAACUGCUUUUCCACUGUCUUCCUUCUUGCAAUUUAAAUGUGAUAGUUCUUGCUGUGCAUACAUUUUUUAUAGGAUUGUUUUUAUGUUGUUUUUUUUUAUAUUAUUUCCAGAACAAACUCCAUAUUAGAAAAAAAAACAGUUGGGGAAAAAAUAUAGACAGCAAAAUUAAGAAGUCAGAUCUUUCUAUGUUCUUUGAGUUACUUAUCUUCAUAUUUGUGUCCACUAUGAAUUUCUAUCCCAAGGGAUUAUAAACAAUAAGCAAAUUGAACCAUCAAAUUCUGAAUGUCCACUCUGUUUAUGAGCCAUGAAAUAUUAGAUGACUAUUGCCACACAUCCUAGCAUGCCUGAAUGUCCACUCUAUUUAUGAGCCAUGAAA